GGCGCCGCAGGUGUGGCCGCGGGCGGGUAACGUCACGCAGCGAGGUAGUGCGUGCGGGGGCGUCAGGGGCGGGGCCUGAAGUCAAAUACAGUGGUGGUCGCGGGCCAGCACCCUAGUGUUCGCUGCGCUUUGCCUUCCCCGCUGGUGUGCUCUUUCGGGGUUGGGUCAUUGCUGAUUCAUAGAGCUUGAAGGGAUACAUUGGCUUCUUUGUUUCAAGAAAACUUGAACUUGGAAACAAAAUGGAAGAAAACAAACAGUGCAACAGUAUGGAUAAUUGUGAAGUUCCCAGCAAGAAAGUGAUUGAGUUCAAACCACCAGUGUAUGAACAGAGAUACUACUUUGUUAAAAACUUAGUGAAUCGACAUGGACUCAGGAAGAUUGCAGACUUGGGCUUCGGUGAUGCCACACUUUUAUGGAUGCUGAAAUAUCACCGCUGUGUUCAGUAUCUUGUUGGAGUAGAUGUUGCUGCCAGACCCUUUGAAUGGGGAGGGGGUAGGUUGUCUCCAGGAGUGGGGGGUUACAUCGUUCCUCGGGAACUAGAUUUGACCAUAACCUUGUACCGUGGUUCUGCUGUACAAAAAGACUCCCGUUUGUGUGGAUUUGACUUGAUAACAUGUAUUGAAUUGAUAGAACACUUAGAUUCUGAAGAUCUGGCCAAGUUUCCUGAAGUUGUAUUUGGGUACUUUUCUCCGGGUAUGGUUGUCAUCAGCACACCAAACUCUGAAUUCAAUCCCCUGUUUCCAGCAUCUACCUUUAGAGAUCCAGAUCACAGAUUUGAGUGGAACAGAACGCAGUUUCAGACGUGGGCUUUGGAUGUGGCAAAACUGUACAAUUACUCCGUAGAGUUCACUGGUGUGGGGGAUCCACCAGCAGGAGCUGAGCAUGUUGGAUACUGUACCCAGAUAGGGGUCUUCCAGAAAAACAUAGCAAAGGCGACUGAAUCGAGCAUUUCAGAGCCAGAGGAACACGUUCCAGAGGAACACAUUUAUGAAGUUGUUUACACCACCUCAUACCCGAGUUUACAGCAAAGCAAAUACUUCCGGCUUACUCUGAGUAGUGAGUCGGUCAAAGCAAUCGGCUUAAUGAAAAGCAGGUUUCUCCGGGGUCUGAGGAAAAGGGAGGGUGAUCGAGUGGUACCACUUGGCAGUUGUACCCCACAGUUUGGAUUAACAGAAGCUCAAAGGGCCGAAAUAGACCAGUCCCCCAAACCUUACAGUGUGGGAGAGAAGUUCUACGUACCCCUGGAAAGACUCAUUAUUUAUCCGAAGGUGAACCACUUGGUGGCAGGUAGUAUGGAGAAGCUGAGAACAAUACUUGCUGAGGGACUUCGACUGAAUGGAGAUCAAAGUGCGGUGCAGGUGGAGUUGGUUGAUUACCAAACACAACGCCUCUUUGAUGAGCAUUUAAUCAGCCCUGUGCUGGAGUCAUAAGUUUAGGCAACUUGGUUUUGAAUUUCUCUAACCUUGUUUUUCAUAUGCUUUUUGCAGGGUGGUGGAGAGGGUUCAUAAUGCGUUUGUUCAUGUUUCUGUUAGACCCAGUUGGAUGUGACUUUAAACAUUCUUAAAGCAAAUUGGAUUGUCAAAAUAAAACCUUUUCCCAGGGAAUAAGUUUCAAAAGUU